AUGGCUGAUUCGGCCACCAGGUCUUUCGACACCAAGAACCCCAAGUCUCCAGCGCCCCGUUCCAAAAUCGUGCGGUCCCAGAAGAUUACUGCUCCCUCCACGACCACCGAGUCACGCUCGCACAGGAAAGACAAAGGUAGACCCGAAGAAGACGAUGACGACGAGGACGAAGAGGAGGACGACGAGGUUCCCGAGCGUCCUCCUGUCCCCCGAAGCCACACCCCUGGUCACCUGUCUACCAAGAGCCAGGACCGCAGACGAAAGCCUUCCGAGUUGUCCAUUCGACAGCGCUCCCAAUCCGCCUCCCAAGCGUCUCUCCACAGCUCGUCCAAGGCGCCCAAAACACCUCUGUCGUCGACAAGCACCUCGUCUCUCGCGCCGAAACCGCCACCGUCCAUGCCCCCCGGCAAACAUGCCGCCGAGGCUGAAUCCGCUCCGACGAGCGCUGAUGGUCGCGACAGAGACUCCCGCCGCCCGAUGGCGCUGCGUUCUACGUCGGCAAUAGCCGGAAGGCCGACACCUGGCCCGACACCGUCUCGUACCGCGAGCACCGUACACUCGAGCAGCGUCCACGCGCACACGCGAGCGCCUCCGCAGCGCGGCCAGUUCACGGCCUUCCCCCCUCUGCAGGACCCCAAAACGGCGCCCGACGUGCCCCCAGCGCCAGCCUCGGGCAUGUACUGGUCUCGAGCCCCCGUCUCUGGCGCUCCGCACACCUCGCUGCGGGCGCACACGACCACCCUCGUAGGGUCCAACAUUUUCGUCUUUGGCGGUUGCGACUCGCGAGCCUGCUUCAACGAGCUCUACAUCUUCGACGCCGACGCGUUCUACUGGUCUGCACCCCACGUCGUGGGCGACAUACCCGUGCCCCUGCGCGCCAUGACGGCGACGGCCGUCGGCAAGAAGCUCAUCGUCUUUGGCGGCGGUGACGGCCCGGCCUACUACAACGACGUCUAUGUGCUCGACACGACGACCUUUCGCUGGUCGCGGCCGCGCAUCCUCGGCGACAGCGUCCCGUCCAAGCGCCGAGCGCACACGGCCUGCCUGUACAAGAACGGCAUCUACAUCUUUGGCGGCGGCGACGGCGUCCGCGCCCUCAACGACAUUUGGCGCCUCGACGUCAGCGACGUGAACAAGAUGUCGUGGCGCCUCGUGUCGAGCCCCGACAAGGACAAGCCGGCGUCGGCGCCCCCGCCCCGCCCCAAGGCCCGCGGCUACCACACGGCCAACAUGGUCGGCAGCAAGCUCAUCAUCUACGGCGGCUCGGACGGCGGCGAGUGCUUCAACGACGUCUGGGUGUACGACGUCGACGCGCAGGCGUGGCGCCUCGUCGACAUACCCGUCACCUACCGCCGCCUGUCCCACACGGCGACGCUCGUCGGCUCCUACCUCUUCAUCAUUGGCGGCCACGACGGCAACGAGUACGCCAACGACGUGCUGCUCCUCAACCUCGUCACCAUGUCGUGGGACCGCCGCCGCGUCUACGGCCUGCCGCCGAGCGGCCGCGGCUACCACGGCACCGUUCUUUAUGAUAGUCGGCUGUUCACCAUUGGAGGCUUCGACGGCAGCGAGGUGUUUGGCGAUGUCUGGAUCCUGGAGCUGGCGGUGCAUGCGUAUUACUCGCAGAUCAGCCACUUUACCAUUGAGGUGUAG